AUUUAGAAGGAUUUGUGAUUGGUCGUGUCGCCAUAUUUUGCGCAAUCAACCUUAUCUGUUUACGCCAAGGAUUGGCGAGUGCAGUACGGAAUGCAGUAAUCAGCUGUCAUGAUAGUCACGAUUCUUAUGGAAUAAGGGGUACCAGUUUUAUAAAAAAAAAAUAAUCUGUCCCGAUGCAUCGUACUCGAAGAUGACAGCCGACUCGUUAACUCUUUAAUGCUCUCGAUUAGCCAUAAAAUGCUUCGUAUUUUUCAUCGUAACCUCCGUAACCGAUCUUUCGAGCCUUUUUACCUAGCGAUAGAUUAAAAUUUGAAUUAUUUAUGUGAAAGGAAUAUAAAGGUAAAUUUAAUGAUCCCAUGGAUGCGUGAUCAAAUAGUGGAGGCCUGGCAUAACAGAAAAAGUUCAAGGACAGCUGAUAGGCGGUCCUUGGCCCUUUCUUCUGUCAGCACAGGCAAUCCUGCAAGCGAUAACACCAUGCUUACGCCAUUAUCUACCUCACCUGAAAAUUUCUCUGUUAAUGUUAUCAGCAUAGAAGGCAAUGUAGUGGAUGUUACUGUAAAGCCAGAUUUUACUGUGGGAAAUAUUAAAAAAAUUGCAGUGAUACAUUUCUAUGGUCAGAAUGCAACUAAACCUAUCUCAUGCUAUCGCUUAGUCCAUUCAUCUAAAUUUAAGCAACUUGCAGAUGAAAAUUAUGUGGACAAUGAGGAUAUCAAUGAAUAUGAUGAAUUAUUAUUAGUAGAAAUACGAUCAAGCACUGUACAAAAAAAUCUCUCAGAUGAAGCUCUUAAGGGUCCAAGUCUAGAAGCAAUAGCUCGAGCUACAAGUGAACUACCUAGUCUUCGAAAUGCACCUAAACCUAUGCCAUCUACAGAAUGUCCUACGGAUUUUCAGAAUGAAAUUCGUAAAAUUUUGAUAACUCUUGUACAAGCAUCUGCAAAGAUCUUAAUGCACAGUCCUGAUGCUGAAAAACUAUAUGAUAUCAUUAAGGAGAAACUUGAGGUCAGGUGUAAACCCACUAAUGAUCCAAAAGUUGUAAAAACUCUUGUAGAAAUGGGUUACUCUCAUAAGAAAGUUCUCAAAGCGUUGCGUCUUCGAAAAUCAAAUAUAACAGAAGCUUUAGAAUGGCUUAUAGAACAUCAGGAUGAUUCAGAUGACGAAGAUGACGAUGACGAUGAUACAGACUUUUUAUCUAUGGAUACAAUGAUAGAUGCAAAUAUUGCAGGUCCCAGUUCUUCAACGAGCGUUAAGAAAAAAUCAUUAAAGGAUGCAUGUUUAGAAUUGUUUGAAACGGGUAAUUCUUACACAAAAAAAAAUCUUGUAUAUAUCGUGAAAUUAUUAUUGGAAAGUUUUCGACAAUAUAAGAAAAUGGAAUUCAAACCUAAUAAGAGGGCAAUGCGAUCGCUUGUAGAAAUGGGCUUUGAUGAGAAGAAUGUUAUAGGAGCGUUGAAAGUUACUGGAAACGAUCAAGCUAAUGCUUGCGAAUGGUUGCUAGGCGAAAGACGACGUAGUUUACAAGACUUGGAUGAAGGCCUCGAAUCCGAUGGUCUCAUUUAUAAAGCAAUUAUGAGUAAUCCUCAUAUUCAACUUAGUCUUACAAAUCCCAAGAUGUUGCUUGCAUAUUUAUCGAUGAUAGAAACGCCCGCAUCGACAAAUGUAUGGAUUAACGAUCCUGAAGUUUCGCCUGUGCUUAGUCAAAUAUCUAAGACAUAUCACACUGAAAAGCAUGCCAUCCACAUGAAUCGUUAUACCUAGUAUUACGGUGAAGCUUAUUUAUGUCUCUGUGGAGCAUUGAUAUUUUUAUAUAAAUUUACAAAUAAUUUUUGCAAAAAUUUAGAAUGUCAAUCAUUAAUUAGUGAUCACCUGUAAUUAUUGCAAUUAUAUGUAAUCAAAUCAUAUAAUUAUUAUUCAUUAUAAUUAUACACAUUGCUGGUCAAAGAAUAUUAUAUAUUUAUAAAAAUUGAUAUUUCCAUGUAGUAAUAUCCAGCUUGCUUACGCUCACGAUAAGAUGCUAUCGAUCAUAUAAUGACUUGUGCACUAAAGAUUACUUUUGACGUUGUAUACGUUUUUUGUUGAAUUUGUAGAAAAAAAUCUAUGAUAUAUAAAAAAAAGUAUUUUUUUCGUAUAAUAUAAAUUUUUUAAUUAAAUUCGCGUCAAAUGUGCUUUUCAGUCUCUAAAUAAAUCUAGUCAAAUAUGUGCUACUUGUAUAUAUAAUACGCUAAAAUAUAAAAAGUUGCAAAAUAAACUGCAGCUCUAAAUUGUUGUGAUUGUUUUUGUUAAAAUAAAUAUACUUGAUUGUAAGUUAAGAAAAAAAA